AACCACAACCCAGCAAUGCCCGCUCGACCACCCCCAAUGACAACAAUAGCCAAAAGAGCCUUCGGCACAAGCACCCCCCUGCAAAAAGGUCCCCAUAGCGCUCGCGGCGCUAUGUCUGCCUGGCUCUCCGGUCCCGGCGCAGUCUUCAAACAGCCCACCGGCGAACCGCAAUACAUCUCCUCCUACGACCGCUCAACCUGGGAACGCAAAGACAAGGACCGGAAUCCGGACGCCUUUGUGCAGCCCUACCCCUUCAACCGGUACUUCAAGUCGCAGCCGGUGCUCACCGACGCCUUCCGCAACGAGAUCUACGCCCGCGUCAAAUACCGCAACCUGUCCAUCCGCCAGGUAUCCGCGGCGCUAAGCGUCAGCAUCGAGCGCGUCGCGGCGGUAGUGCGACUGAAGCAGGUGGAGAAGGAGCACGUCGCGAGGGGUGGGAGGUUGAGUACUUUUUUGACCAAGGCUCUGGAUCAGAUGUUGCCCGUAAUCGAUGUUCCCAGCUCCACCGAUGGCAAGGGUAGGAGUGGCGGCGGGGGGGCGUUUGAGGAUAUCCAGGAAUUGCCGAUCCAUUCGCUGGCCGGGAGACAGGUUUUUGUUCCGACGAGUGAGAGUAGGGAGUUCACCAGGGCCGAUGCCGGGAAGGAGUUUGGACUGCCGGCCGCGGAUGUGAUGGUCCCGCAUCCCGACCUCGUCACGCUUGCUAAAGAGCGCUUCGAGAACGUGCCGCUUGAGGAGAGGAUCGUACGCCAGGGGGAGCGGGAUCGAUUGGAGAAGAGGCGGCGCGAGGCAGAGAAUCAGAGGGCUAAUGAGAGGAAGCGACAGAAGAAGGUGAUCGAGGUCGGUAGGUGGAAGUGGUGUCUUACGGAGGCGGAAACUGGGAAGGUAGGGUUUAGGUAUGGCUUCCCGCUGCCGGAUCGGAAGAAGGGGCACGUCAAAAUUCCUACGCAUGUUAGCUAAGACUCAGGACACACUGGAGGGGUGGGUACUUUAUCGCGAAUAUAGUCAUACUCAUCACCG